AUGGAACGUGACUUGACGAAUGCUGAGUUUGAGGCUUUAAAUAGAAGGCGAGCGCAACAAGGCAAGGAGCCACUGAGCUGGCGGGACGCACAGCGCCAGGCCCGGCGUAAGCCGAACCACAACAGAGGAGGCAAGAAGGCCAAAGCAGCUCCGUCCUCACAGCCUGUCACUUUCCUGCCGAGAGCGGAGGUUUCCUCCGCGGAGGUUUCCUCCGAAAGAACUCCAGAACAAGCUGAAUCCAUUUCCUUUCUGGUUCCUGAUUUUGAUCAGAGGGCCAGUGGGCAGGCAUCAGACUGGAACACCAGCACUCAUGUCCAGAGCCGCUAUGCAUGGAACAAGCGUCACAAGGAGCGUGAACAACUGGAUCCGACUAAGGAUGUCAUGGAGGAGGCCAAAAUAUUUAUCCGCACAUUUCUUAGAACGCGUAAAGGUCCGAGCAACUCAGAUUUGACUGCAAAGUUGGGAGAUCCUGUCAUGCAGGAAGACUGGGUGCGCUUCCCCCUAAGAGAUGUUGUUCAGAGACGCACCGGCACGGAUGACAGAGUGGGCUAUCAUGGGACAAAAUUGGAAUCGCUCUACUCGAUCCUGUAUUUAGGAAAGUUGCAACCGUCGCAGGAUUCCUCCCAAGGAGAACAAUUUUUCGAGGGCUACCCAGGAGUCUACAUCCACUCCGGCAAGCAUGAGCGCAAGGCGGAGUCAUACGUGACGCAUGUAUGGUUUCCCAUCUUGAAAGAAGGCAACAAAUCUCUCCGAGCAGUUGCGGCCAAAUUAGCAGUGUCGUUCGACCAAGCUGCAGGAUCUCUCCGUGGCUCCAAAGCAACGGAUCAGUACAUUCUCAGGGAAGACUACGUCCAGCUCGAGGCGCUGCUGCUUCACAUCACAGACUCACUGCCUUUGGGGACCUAUGUGCAGACUGGCUGGAACCCCCUUGCGGAAGCUGCCCCAAUUCAACGCAUAGCGAGGGAAAGACCGGAGGAGCCGAGUUCAUACAGAAAUCCACCAAGAUCCUCCUCCCAACCUGCCAAGGAGUCAGCUACCUUUCAAGAUGAUGAUAACUCCACCUGGCAGGCCGCAGCUCUUCCUGGGAGAGGAGACAAGGCAAUGGCCUCUGACCAAAGCGCUCUGCCGACCUCCUUGCAUCAGCCCGAAGAUGAUAGUGAUGAAUCCUGGGGGAUUUGGUCACCAGCUGCUGAUUCCGCAGGCACAGAUCCACAGGAUCCAUUUCAUCAAGAAGUCCCACAGCAUCAAGAGGGAGGCAGAAGAGAGCAUGCCUGGCAGCCAGCAACUCAGCACUCACCAAGUUUAGCAGAUCUGGAUGGUAAUCUUGAUCGGCUCUCUGGACGGGGCGCUCACGAAACCAGACGAGUGAUGAUAGGCAAGCUCCUCACACAAGCUCUCAGACAUGACCCAGUGAAGUUUGGCAUUUCGCUAGACACUGCUGGCUAUGCCAAUCUGAAAAGCCUUCUUAAUUCCAGGCAAUUCUGGCGGGCUGAAGUGACAGUUCAUGAAGUACAGCGAGUACUGGAAACCUCACAGAAGGUCCGCAUGGAGCAGAUGAUCUCAGAGGAGGACGGUGAAAUCUACAUCAGAGCCUUACAGGGUCAUGGUCGUGACAUCCCACUGGACGACGAUCAACUGCAUGAGGUUCUGACCUCCUCAACAACACCGGAGUGGGGUGUCCACGGGACGAGCUGGCGGGCCUGGCAGCAGAUUCGCUCCUCUCAGCUGCGCAGAAUGCAAAGACGUGACAUACAUAUGUCUUUGUCACCAACCAAAACUGCAGGAUUCAGGGAGGACUCCUCAGUGGAGAUCUGGAUCCACCUGCCGUCUUUGAUCGACAGUGGACACAUAGUGCGUCGGGCGAAGAAUGGAGUACUGCUGACGCGUGGACCCAUUGACCUGUCCCACAUCAGCACUGUCAUAGAUCGGCGCACAGGCAAGUCUCUGCCCUUUUAA